GAAACCGACCAGGAAACUCGGCAUUUGACCACUAGCGUCACACCAGAAGGCAGUAUAGAAACAAUGGCGGCGCCUGAACAAACGCAAAAAACCAAGAGUGAUGAACUGCUGGAGGGCCAGCGCAAGAUUGAGAGGUUGCUGGCGCGGGCGCGCAGCCUCGUUGCAACAUGCGGCGAGCCUGGCGACGCACACAUUGCCGUAGCCGGGGGGCUACUUGACGCCAGGAGCCGCGACGACGAGGUCACAGUGGCAGUGGUUGGCCUCAUGAAGUGCGGCAAGUCAUCGCUGCUCAACGCCUUGUGUGGCACCAACCUGAUGCCCAUGGACAUCCCCGCUUCGACCGCGUGCGUGGUACGCAUCGUUCACGAGGCGAGCGCGGUGGUCCCUAGCAUGGUGGAGACCACUGCAGACGGUGCCAUCCUCUUGGCUAUCACUGGUGAGGCGGCCAUUCACAACAGGCUAAAGGAGCUGAACGCCGCUGGCCGCGCAAACGAGCACGCUGGCGGCACCACUGUGGAAAUCCGCGUCCGGCUUCCGGCCCUGGAGCACUGGCGCAGCGACGCCCCCUACCGCCUGGUCCUGCUGGACACGCCGGGCCCCAACGAGGCGGGAGCAAGGCAUCUGGGGCUCCAGGUGGACCGGGUUCUCGAGAACGCUGACUGCAUCCUGUACCUGCUGGACUUCACCAAGAUGGGGACGUCAGACGAGAAGGUGCUGCUGGAUCAGCUGAAGUCGCUCAACCCAGCCCUGCUUCAGAGCAUCAGCAGCCGCCUGUUCUUCGUGGUCAACAAGAUCGACGUGCAAGCGCCGGGCGCCCUGCAGCCGCCUGAUACGCCCAAGUAUGUUGCGGACUAUGUCAAGCGGCAGCUGGACACGGUCAUCGACAGCAGCCAGGUCCUGCUGGUUUCAGCAGCGCACGCGCGCCUAUCACGGCUGGUCAGGGAGAACCGCGCCAGUCAGCUGGACAUGCGGCACUUCAAACAGAUCGUGUACGGCAUGCGCGGCAUGGACAAGGAGUACAGUGCGCAAGAGCUGUUCACCGCGAGCGUGGAGCUGGAGACGUCGUGCGACAUCAAGCUGCUGGAGGAGAUCGUGCUGGGCUACCUCGCCGAGCACGGGGGCUACGUCAAGCUGCAAGCCAAGGCCAGUGAAUUGCCCAAGAGGUUACAGCAGCUGCACAACUUCCUGGCGCUGUACGAGGCCGGCCUGCGGAAGGACGAGGCGGAGAUGAAGGCAGAGGCCGCCAAGCUCGCGGAACAGCUGUCAACUGUCAAGACGGAGGCGCAGGCCACCAUGGGCACAUCACAGAUCCUGACGGAGCCGCUGGAGGCGAAGAUCAGGGCAAUGUUUGAGGAGAAGCGGCUUUCCUUGGUCAACCAGUUGUGCCGCGUGGUGGACGGCGGAAAGGACCAAGAGACCAGCAGCGGUCACCGAGGCGUGUGGGAGACUGUGCGCAAGAAGUAUCCCUCCCUGUCCAGCCAGCAGGACAAGGAGGAAUUGCGCGACCAGCUGGAGGAACUGGAGGCGUACGUGGUGCAGGCGCUGGAGGCCGAGCUCCGCACCUGGGCACAGACCCUUGUGCACACGGUCGAAAGUGAGCAUGGCCGGCUCGUGUCGAACGUGGACGCAGAGAUCGAGAAGUUCAGCAGGCGUGUUGAGGAGGUGGUGGGCAAGGCUCUUAAUGUGACACUGCAGAAGGCGGACCUGAACCUGCCGCGCACGUUGCGGAUCGACUUCGACUCCAAUGUUGACUCUUUCAUGGGCAGCGGCAUACGGAGCGCGACCCAGCAGAUGCAGGAGGUCAUCCAAAAGACCAUUGACUACUACGUCUGGGUUUCAGGCCCUUUCAACUGGGGCGGCCGCUGGGAGAAGCAGACGGCACAGCGGGAGGAGGUGAAGGUUUGGGAAGUCAAGCGCUUUGAGCCAAACGCUGACAGCGUGAAAGCGUACUUCACAGAAUGCAUCAACCACACGCUGCGGCGCAACGAGGAGGCCUUCGACAAGGCGAUUGGACUGGCUGCUGCUGAGUACAUCGGUCAAGCGAUCCAGGCGGUUGACGGCUACACCAACAGGUUCCUGGUUGCAACCAUUUCGGCCACUCGCGCAAUUGAGAAGGGCGUGGAGAAGCGGCGAGAGCUGGCUCAGCGGGUGAAGGAUGUGCUGACCAGCCUGGCGGAGCUAGAGGGCGAGGCUGGAGAGCUGGAGCAGGAAACGUGGGCACUGGCCCCAAAUGCGGGUGGCGUUGCACAGUGAUGAAGCCCAGGUGGAGCAGCGUGCGUGACGCGUGGUGUUGCAUCACUGCGCGGCGGCUCCCACAAGCAGGCCUCGGGCACAGGGUCUCAGCUCUGAUGUCGUUGGGCCGUUGCAGAUGUGUGUUGUAAUGGUGCUCGAAACACUGUUUGAUUCCGAAGUUCACUGGGCGCACGGCUUGCGCUUUGCAUCAACACUUUGCCAUCCAUGUGCAUGGUGUGCAUGGUGAAGCUGGCAAGCUUGCAUACGUUUGUGUUGUUUGUGUGCUGUACAUCUGCUGUCUGUCUGCUUGAAAUGUCAAACCGCAGGAAGAGAUGUGUACGGUAGUUCUGCAAUGCAUGCCAGGCGCGUUAUCGAGGAUGCUUUAAGGCUAACAAUGCGCGCAUGAACCCAGGCGCUAUCUGCAAAAUGCAUAUGAAGUUAGUAGUCAAGCUUGCCUGUGCAAGCCUCUGUGUACGGCUACACUAAGGUAGAGAGAUACAAAGGUACGGAGAUGAGCAAUACGAUUCAUGAACGAGUUGCGGUCGAGCAAGGGCAUGCACGAAGUCGUGGCGCAGGAGUCGGAGCCCGCCAGGUUGGCUGCGCUGCUAGACGCCAUGCGGUAACAUAGGAGCAGGCAUGUCCCCCUAAGGGCGAUCAAGACAGUUGAUUUCAACAGCGCUUAGUCCAUACGUCGUGUGAAGCAGGUCGUACAUCAUUCUAACACUCGUGUAAGCUUCACAUGACAAGAUGCCGUAUAUCCUCUACUCGUGUGUUGCAGAGGGGGCAGAGCCUGUCAUCUCUUGGUGAAUGGUGAUUUCUGUUCGCAGGAGAAAGGGAUAACACAGGGAUGUAACGCUUGAGGGGGAUGAUUGCAUGGCGACUCGAAACCAAGUCCAGCGCGUCCUAGUGCACACGCACCGUGUUUGGCAGACGUGGCCGUGAGGGGUCGUGCGUGACCGCGUCGGUUAGUUCUGGAUCGCAUACAGGUAAUGUCGCGGGCUCACAGUUUGGUAUGUUGGUGCAUGAAUACGCUGCGCCCGCAAGCGGCGCAUGUGUUCUGGUGACUGGUGGUGUGGGUCCCGAGUCAAGAUGCGGCCGGAGCGACAUUGUGAUCUAGGAUAAGCAAGAUGCGGCCGGGGCGACAGGAGGUCUGGCUGCAGGCAGCGCUGAGCAGGGUGUGGGCUUGGGAAUGAGGCGAGGCACUCAACAGGCGCCGGCUGAGAAUGCCAUCGUGGUAACGCAUGUUGUUUUGCAGUGCAUAUGUAACACUUAUCUGCA